AUGGAGGAACACACAGUCACAAUCCUGUUGCUGGGAGACGAGGGAUGCGGGAAAUCAACUUUUCUAUCGUCACCGUUUGUUUUCGACAUCCGCACUCGCAAGGGACAGUAUCGCUUCGAGUUCUAUGACACUUCUAGCCCCGAGAACUGGAGGCUCCUCCGACCAGACCUCGUCAUUAUCUGCUACGACAUAAGCCAGCGGCUCAGCCUCAUCAACCUCCAGCGGGUGUGGAUCAAAGAAGUCCGUUCGACGUUCCCAACAAGCGACACCCUCCCCGUGGUGGUGCUGGGGCUCAAGCGGGACCUGCGGUCCGAGGAUGACCCGAAUGGCAUCAUCUAUCCGCAGGAGGGAUACCGGGUCGCACAAGAAAUGCGGGCCGACAAGUACAUCGAGUGCUCGGCCGUAAGCGGCGAGUUGAUGAUCGAGGCAUUUGACGACAUCUGCAGCACCGCCAUCAAGACAACGACCGCAGCCGGCGGGCAGAGCGAGGGCAGCUGCACGGUUAUGUGAGC